UUGUUGAGAUGGAAGGGAAAUCCACUACUUGCAGCAAUGUGCAUUUUUAUUACUUGGACAAUUAUAUUUCCAAUUUCAUUUUUCCUUCACAUGCAGACAUUUGUAUUCAAAAGGCCACCUAUUUUUCCAAGAUCAUUGAUUACUAUGAUUGCAUUCAUGGGUUUCUACUCUAUAGGCAUAGCAUUGUGCAAGGAUAUACCCGAUAUUGAAGGAGAUACAAAAUUUGGCAUUUAUUCUUUUUCAUCACGUUUUGGUCAAAAACAUGUAUUCUGGACUUGUAUUUUUCUUUUUGAAAUGGCUUUUGGAGUCGCCCUUCUAGCAGGAGCAACAUCUCCUUACAAUUGGAGUAAAAUUGUCACGGGUCUUGGACAUGCUAUUCUUGCUUCAAUUGUCUGGUACCAGGCCAAAUAUGUAGAUUUGGAAAAUAAAGCUUCCAUAUCUUCCUUCUAUUUUUUCAUCUGGAAGUUGUUGUCCGUAGAGUACCUCCUUAUGCCUUUUAUUAGAUAA